UUUCUUUUUGGUAUCCGACUCGAAAAGAUCCAUCACGGCGAGCAUGAAUCUUCGUUGUAUCCUUCCGUUUCUCCUCGCAAGCUUCUCGGCUGGGGCUUUUGUGUUCAAUCGUGUGGCAACGUUCAAUAUUUGUACGCAGAUUGAUCCCACGUGUAACACCGACACCGAAGCAGUUGCCGAGAUUGUUGAUGCAUCACCUGACGGUAACACUCUAUUGUAUACUGAUGGCGUCGCUGGGAACAUUGGCCUUGUUGACAUUUCAGAUCCUUCCAAUCCUGUGGGACUUGGAACAAUCGAUGUAGGUGGUGAGCCUACAUCCGUCGCAGUGACUGGCGACGGCUUGUACGCUGUAGCAGCCGUGAACACUUCUCCUGACUUUGUGAAUGUCACCGGGAAUUUGAUUGUCAUCGACAUCGAAUCCCAGUUAAUUGUGGCCACCCUCCCUCUACCAGGUCAACCUGACUCACUUAAGGUUUCUCCUGACAAUCAGUUCAUCGCCAUUGCUAUAGAAAACGAACGCGAUGAAGAUCUCGGGGACGGGGCCCCUCCCCAGAUGCCUCCUGGCUCGUUGGUUGUUGUUGACAAGAGCGAUACUGAUCCAACAAUGUGGUCGACGACUCUUGUCAACCUGACCGGACUCGACGGCUUGCGAUUCCCCGAGGAUCCCGAGCCUGAGUUUGUCGACAUCUCGACCGACAACGUCUGCGUGAUCACUCUUCAGGAAAACAACGGCAUAGUUAUCCUUGACCUGGCUUCUCUUAGUGUUUUGACUAGCUUUUCGGCUGGGGCGGUGGCAGAAAUCACUCAAAUUGACGCCACUGAAGAUGACAUGAUUUCGCAGACUGAAAGUCUUAACGACAUCCUUCGCGAGCCCGACAGUGCUGUGUUCAUUGGAACCGACUACUUCGCCACAGCCGAUGAGGGUGACCUAGAUGGAGGGUCUCGCGGGUUUACAAUUUUUGGUCUUGACGGCACCGUUGUUUACGAGUCCGGAAACUUCUUGGAACACGCUACUGCUCGCUACGGACACUACCCAGAAGGUCGUUCCGAGAACAAGGGAAACGAGCCCGAGGGUAUGACCUAUUCAACUUUUGGUGACGAGAACCUUCUGUUUGUUCUAUCCGAACGCGCGAACACUGUCUACGUCUUUAACGUCGACCCGACAGAUCCAUCAAAUGUUUCGUUUAAGCAAGUCCUUCCCAGUGGUGUCGGUCCAGAGGGUGUCACGGCUAUUCCAAGCAGAAAUCUGUUAGCGGUCGCGUCGGAAGUGGAUGAUCGAGGUGCUGCCAUUCGCAGCAGUAUUACCAUUUACGAAUAUGCCGAAGGAACAGCCGCCUACCCUACUCUAGUGUCAAACAACCGCGCGGAUGGAACUCCUAUACCGUUUUCAGCCCUUUCUGGACUGGCUGCUGCAGAUGCGCCAGGAAUAGGUGGUCAAGCCGGGAUAUUGUAUUCUGUUGAUGACUCAUUCUACUCGAAAAGCAGAAUUUUCACGAUCGAUGUCACUUCCUUCCCUUACGCGAUUACUAAUGAAAUGCGUGUCAUGGACUCCGACGGCGUCCUUGCGGCUGCUUUCCCCAACAGCACUCUUGUCAACGACGACAUGACGGUCAACCUUGACCAAGAAGGAAUUGCUGUUUCUCGGGAGGGCGGAUAUUGGAUUGCCAACGAAGGUGCAGGUACAGUGGGUGACAUCGAGAAUCCUGUCACCACUGCAAACUUUGUUGUUAAGGUGUCGACGGAGGGUGUAAUAGAGACCGUAGUCACCUUACCUGAAGAGAUAGAUGCUAUUCAAGUUCGCUUUGGCUUCGAAGGUAUUGCUGAGUACGGUGAUUUCAUUGUUGUCGCAUUUCAACGCGCAUGGGGAGAGGAGGCCAAUCCGCGAUUGGGGAUCUACGAUACAACUUCUAGUACAUGGAAAUUUGUCUUCUACCCCCUCGAUACGCCCUCUUCUCAGAACGGAGGAUGGGUCGGUAUUGGAGAUCUUUCUCCAGUCGGCAAUGGCGACUUUGUGGUCCUUGAGCGCGACAAUCAAGGAGGACCUGAUGCCGCCAUCAAAAAGAUAUACAAAAUAAGCCUUGGCUCGAUGCUUGAGGUCGAGGAAAGUACUACGGUCGAGAAGACUUUGGUGAGGGACGUCUUACCAGACCUUGCUGCGUCGAAUGGCAAUAUUUAUGAGAAACUUGAGGGUCUUGCUGUGACUAGCGAAGGAGAAGUGUGGAUCAACAACGACAACGAUGGCGUUGACGACAACAGUGGGGAGCAGCAGCUUAUUAGUCUGGGAAUGAUCGUCACCAUUCCCGAGGGAACAGCAACUCCUAUUGAAGACUCCCCGACUGUGUCGCCCGUGCAAGGAACUAGUAUGGCCAAUCGAGUAGGCCACGGAGGUGCUCUUCUCGUCUUCGGCUUCUUUGCUUUAUUGUGAGUAUAGAAGGUCACGUAGCUAGAGAAAGAAAGAGUUAAUCUCAAAAAGAGUCAAGUCCACGAACUUCAAAUAAACUAUAAGCCUUCUUUCGUUGACCC